AUGGCGGAAAUCUAUAAUACCGAUCGCUUCGCGGAGCUCUAUUAUCCGUCAAAUACAGCGGACCUCCUACAGCUCGGCCUCGCGGCUAGAUUCAUAGCCAGCUUAUUCGAGGACCACCAGAUUACCUAUGCCUUUAUUGGAGGAUGGGCAGUCUAUUUAAGAGGGGGGCGACGCAGGACACAAGACAUUGAUAUUACUGUCGCAACGACGAUGGAUCAUUUGAAACAGAUCUUGACCGCGCAAUCUCGAAUACAUUUUCCCCUGACCCACGGCCGAACAUCCGUCCAAAUAUUCAUCGACACCGGGCGUAGCGUGGAUGGCGAGUUCCCUCACGUCCCGGACUUGGCGGUCAGCAUGGACAUAGUAAUCAGUGGACCAUCCUUAGGACAUUUGGGCACGCCAGAGGAUCUGCAAUCAUCACGCGAACACAUUAACCCACUUAGGCCCACGCCUCUGGGCUCUCCAGUGUUGGUACUAGGUCUGGUCUUUCAAAUAUAUGCGAAGCUAGACGCGUUUUUCCGGAGAGGCGAACAGGGUAGUAAAGACUUUUUGGAUCUGGAAUUCUUGUUCACACAGUAUGCAGCGCAGAUCCCGACGUUUAGAGAUUACUAUGAUCUGGAGCAGCGGAGGUAUUUCUGGACGCAAUAUGCAGCGGCAUAUGUGGCGUUUCCCGAUCAGGUCGAGAAUAUGAGAUUACUAUUAGGCGUCUGA